UGCCUCGGUUGCAUCAAGCAAUCGGGGCCCCUGGUUGCUAUCAUGAUGAUCCAUCUCCGUAUGCCCAUGUGUCGACCGUACCUGAACCAGCGAGACAUUGAAGUCGAUGAUCCGAGCAAGGCAGCUAAUACACUCAGUACAACAAAGGAUAGGGUAGGUAUUCGUGACAGUAAGACAAAGGAGGGGGUAGGUAUUCGUGACAACAAUCUCGGCAACUCCGACAUAAUGCCACAGAUUAUAUUCAUCGUUCUUUGUAUCAGCUCACUCGUCAGUCUCGUGAUCUUUGUUCCUGGUUACGACCAUGGGAGCCAAAUACCGGCUUAUGUCCUUGAUGUUGUGCAUGAUCCCCAAACCGUAAAACAGAUUACCACUGUCCAAUUCAUGACAAUACACCAUGGCAUCUAACAGGGAGCGUAAGGCAAAACGCCAACGCAUGUUAGACUAUCACGAUUUCUAUAUUAAAGGCAAGGUGAAUCAAUGGGAUGAAGCUCAGCGCAGACCCAUCUUUAUAAGAUUG